CGCAGCUCAGAAAUCCUGUGAUCACGCCUAGUGAACCGAGAGUCACACGAUCAUCUAUAUGAUCACCGCUUUACUCUCCGUUUAAAGUGCUUUUAUUCUUGAUAUCUCUAAACAUUUAGUCUUAAGGGGAUGUUAAAAACACCGAAAGCUUGUCGCUAAGGAAUAAGUGAUGGAAAGGGUCUGGGGUGGCCGGUGCUGUCAGACAGGUGCAGCGUGAUCUCAGAAGCAGUGGAUCUGACACAGACUCUCACACACACACCUCAUGGCCUCCAUCUACGCGCCGUCAUUAGAGGACUCGGCUGAGGUGAAGGAGGGCUUCUUGUGCCCGCUCUGUCUGAAAGACCUUCAGUCCUUCUACCAGCUACAAGGCCAUUAUGAAGAGGAACACUCCGGAGACAACCGGCACGUCGGUGGUCAGCUGAAGAGCCUGGUGCAAAAGGCAAAGAAAGCCAAAGACAAGCUGUUAAAGCGGGACGGAGAGGAGCGGACAGACAGCGGCUACGAGUCGUUUUAUUACGGAGGAGUGGACCCGUACAUGUGGGAGCCGCAGGAGCUCGGAGCCACUCGCAGUCACUUGGAUUCUUUCAAGAAGCAAAGAGCUGCCAGAAUCGACCAUUAUGUUAUUGAAGUCAAUAAAUGCAUUAUACGACUGGAAAAGCUAACCUCCUUUGACAGAACCAGCAUGGAUGGAGCGCAAAUAAGAUCACUUGAGAAAUCGGUGGUAUCGUGGGUGAAUGACCAGGAUGUGCCGUUUUGUCCCGAUUGUGGAGGCAAAUUCAACAUCCGCAACCGCCGCCACCAUUGCCGGCUCUGUGGGUCCAUCAUGUGCAGGAAGUGCACAGAGUUUCUGCCUCUGCCAAUGGCAUAUAAAUUAACCAGUGGAUCCAGGGAGGCGCUGUGGGCUCCUGGCCAGACUGGCUCUCCAGGCCCGGUGACCCAGCAAACUCUUCGCCGCGGGUCCAUUAACAGCAUCUCGUCCGUCACCUCUGUGUUGGAGGAGAAAGAUGAGGACCGCGUGCGCUGUUGCCAUCACUGCAUGGACGCGCUGCUCCGGUACCAGCGAAAACUGGAGGAAAAAGACCACGUGCCGGAUAUCGUCAAACUCUACGAGAGGUUAAGGACGUGCAUGGAGAAAGUUGAAGCGAAGGCUCCAGAGUACACACGCAUGGCCGAGUCGCUCAAUGCUGGCGAGACGGCCUAUAGUCUGGAGAACGCUGCCGGUCUGAGGAUGGAGAUCCAGAAAUACUACGAGCUCAUUGACGUUCUGAGUAAGAAGAUCCUCACGCUGGGCCUGAAAGACGAGGUCCAGCCUCACCCGAAAGCCCUGCAGCUGCAGAGGAUGGUGCGAUACACAGCCACGCUCUUCAUUCAGGAGAAACUGUUGGGUCUGACGUCCCUCCCCACCAAGGAGAAACACGAGGAGCUUAAAGGGAAGAGAAGAGAGGAGCUGGAGAAAAGAGCUCAGCAGGAGAGACAGGCAGGCUUAGAGGCACAGAAGCGUCGGUUGGAAAACGAGAAGAACCGUCCGGCCCUCAGCACAAACGGUGAUGUUCCCGGUCCACGCAUGACCAAAGCUGCCGGCUGGCUCCCGCAGUCAGACACGCUACACACUCGCUCGGAGCUGGACGACCCGCUUCUGCAGCAGAUCAACAACAUCGAGUCGUUCUUACGCCAGGCUCGCUCCGCAAACCGCAGCGAUGAGGUGGCCAUGCUGGAGGAGAACCUCAGGCAACUUCAGGACGAGUUCGACACUCAGCAGACCAGUCGAGCCAUCAGACUCUCACAGAGACUGGCCGAGGAGACCGACCUCCAGCAGAGCCAGAUCCAACACCUACAGCAGAGAGAGCUGGAGCACAGAACACACACUAAAACCUCCUCCUUAGACUUCAGAGACAGAGAACCGAACCAGAGGAGAGAAGACGAGGAAGACGAGCGCUCCGUCGGAAGCCCAAAUCUGCUGGACACACACACAGAAAAACACACACCAGCCAGAAACCCGUUCGAAGAGGUCGAGGAAAAACCUUCAAACUCUCCGACGGCCAAUGGAAAGAAACAGUACAACCCAUUUGAGGAUGAGGAUGAUGAUGAAGAGGAAGAUGCUGGGAAAGCAAAGUCGCCUAGAAAUCCCUUUGAAGAAGAUUGUGAAGAUGGGAACCCUUUCAAAGAGGUUUCCGACCAGAUUCCAGCCGCGUCAAACAACCCGUUCGAUGAAGAAGAUGAUGACGACACGAUUGAGGAAGAGCUGCUGCUGCAACAGAUUGACAAUAUCCGAGCGUAUAUAUUCGACGCUAAGCUGAGCGGACGUUCGGAUGAGGUGGAGCUUCUGUCGGAGAACCUGAAGGAGCUGCAACACACACUACAACAGCAGAAGAGAAAACAGUAGCGGACCACGCUAACUCAUCAAAAAAAACUUUGUUUUCAGUUACAAACACAUGGAAGCUUGUUUCCGACACAAUGAAAAAUUAAAAAGGUAAUUG